AUGGCGCCUCCAUAUCGGAAUGACAAGUUUCCUUCGGGAUCAGCUCGCCGACCCUUUCCUUCACGUAAUGAUCGCGAUGGCCGCAUGUAUGAUGAUCGAUCUCGAUCUCGCUCGCCAGGUAAGCGUCUCCCCGCACAUCGUGCACGCUCGCCUCCUGGAAGACUAGCGGCCGAUAGCAGACUCGAGUACCCGAGAGACCGGGAAUCUGGACAAGGCUACCGAAGCAAUGAUCGAGAUGAUUACCGCCGUCGCGAUUCGCGCUCAUCCCCUCAUAGAGGCAGAAACACGUACAAAGACCGCGAUCGAGAGGGCUAUCGAAGCGGAAGCGGCAAUCGAAGUCGAAGUCGCCAGUCCAAUAUGGUACAGGUCAGCCGGGAGAUCAUGAUGGAAGGACUUCCGGUGAACAUCACAGAAAACGAUAUCUCAGCCGAACUUAGUGCCUUUCGUGCCGAUGGGCUGGAAGAUGUCCGGGUCAUUCGUGAUCGACAGACCAAGGUGUCGCGGCAAAUAGGCUUCCUACGAUUUUCCUCGAUUGACGCAUCACGUACAUUUUUCGAACGCAACCAGCCUUCCAUAUUCCUUUAUGGUCCCAAUGAGAAAAGCACCAAAGUGCGCAUUACUUACACCCGCGAGAGGGAAGACCGAGCUCGCGCAAAAGGUGCAAGUGACUGGAACUGCAGGAAGUGUCUCGUUCUCAACUUCUCCACACGUUCACAUUGUUUCAAGUGCGGUACUCCACGACCCAAUAUGGAUCCUAUCGGCCCCCCUGGAGUUUCGGCUCUCAAGAUAGCUAAUGAUGGUGAUAAUGAUGUCGCUCCUGAGAACCAGCCUUCCCAGUUCCUUCUGAUCCGUGGCCUGGAGGCGUCUGUUACAGAGGAGCUUCUUGCAAAAGGAGUUUCUAAGCUGUAUCGGCCAUCUGGCAACAAUGACAGUGCCCCUGAUAAUCAGAAGAAGGGAUCAAAGGUUGCCUCGACGACUGGCGACAGCAACUUGGGUGCCCGCGAAGGCUCUCUCCGUCGUGUGCUUCUUGUACGUGAUCGCGAAACCAACGCAAGCUGGCGUUACGGAUUCGCAGAAUUUGCAGGAAUUAAUGAUGCACAAGCUGCAAUGACGCGGCUCAAAUCUUUCGACAAGUUUACCAUCUCCUCGAAGGCGGUGUUGGUCACUUACAUUCACGGCGGAGUGUUUGUUCCAGUCAUGAACCCCUCCUCUGGUCCUAACUACUACACAUUCAGCCCAUCCAACAACCCAUCUCUGCAGUUGAUGUACUGGGACGAUGGAGCAUAUGUGACCGAACUCAUGUUGUCAACCCCGGAAGACGAUGCCGCUGCCAACAAGACAAUUUCUAACCACGGAGACGCACAAUCCAAGGGCACCAAGGACUCCGAUAAAGGAAAAAAAGAGAAAAGCCGAUGCCACCGCCAUGACCGCCAGGCAGAGCUACAUGGGACCAACAGAGAUGCUGCUGGAAACCCCGCGGAGAGCUCGAGCUCCGCAACUGCGACAAUUGAAACGACUGAUCCACCGGCUCCAUCAUUUGCAGAUUUCAAAAAGAUCUGUUGCUUCUUGUGCAUGCAAUAUCUUAAGGAUGCGGAGCAACUCGAAUACCACGAGCGCGAAAGUGACAUCCACAGGGAAAACCUGAAGGAUCUCUUCCUGAGGCAACGCGGCGUAUGCUGGAUGAUGAUCUAUGGUGUCAUACCCGUGCACUCUCCAAAUUACGAAGGCAGCACAGACGAAUAUCGUGACAAACUUGAGCGAGAAUAUUCCCUCCCUCCAACAUCUCGAUCCUUUGCAGACCUGAACCGGAACUGGUGCCUCUUGUGCUUCAGCAAGUUUGAUACCGCGGCAGAGCUCCUCACACACGACCGCAUGAGUGAACACCACCGAAAGGAACUGACAAAGGAAGACGAAGUCAAAUGGGGUUUGGAACAGCUUAAGAAGGCCGGUAUCGCACAGGCGACUCCAGAAUACCGAGACCGCGCAAAGGAGCGCCGCAAGGCGUUCGGUGGUGAUUCCAAUGCCCGUCAAAGACCCUCCGAACCAGAGGAGGAAGACGAGACACCUGUGCAGACAACUUCGAUCGGUGCUACUCUCCUCAGCAAGAUGGGCUGGUCCGAAGGAUCUGGCCUCGGUGCUCAAGGAACUGGUGUGACCGCGCCAAUUCCUACUGAAAUUUAUGCUCAGGGUGUGGGACUGGGUGCCCAGGGAAGUCGACUGGGUGAGGCAACCGAAGAAGCUGGUCGAAACACUAGGGGUCGUUAUGACGAAUUCCUGGCGAAGACCAAAGAUGCCGCACGCCAGCGUUACGAGGAGAUGGAUCGUUCCUGA